GACGAGAGAUGAAACGGAGCUAUUUCCCCCCGGCAAAUUAAGACCUCACGUUUUAUUAAUCAUUGUCGUUUCCUCCGUCUCAUCCUUCAAUCCACCCUGCUCGGCGUGAAGCUCAAUAUGCCCUCCCGGUUCAAGGACAAGCAACCAUUGAAAACACUGGCCAAUGCCUCCAAGUCGUGUGCUACACAGUCCGUGGCUUACGGUAAAUGUAUAAGCAAGUCAUACACCGAAGUGUCCAAGGGCAUGUGUGAAGCAGAAUUCAAGGCUUUCAAGGAAUGUGUCCAGAAAGCCGUUGGGAGGAAAUGGUAGAUGAUCAAGAACAAAUUAUAUCAAAUCAAAUUACACAUGUUGUACUAUUAAAACCCAUGCAAUAUCAUAAUCA